UGAUCUAAAAAUUCGAUAAUUUCCUUUCGAACUAAGAACAGUUGUUAAAAAACAUUAGCUGCUAUGACGACGGUCACAAAGACUCGUCAGUGACGGCCGCCAAGGGAGGAAUCACGUUAGUGACAGCGGCACUGUCCUUGUCGUCAGUUAUGCGUAUCCUUGCCUGGCGCGUUUAAGAUGCAACGUUCUGGUGACUUAGAGAAGUCUUUCCAGCCAGCAGCUGGGCGGAUGAAUACAGUUCACUUAAUGGGAUGUUGUGCUGGACCAUGGAGAGAUGAGGUCUUACCGAGGGGUAUCUCCAGUGUAACACCUAGAACACAUUGGACACCUUGGACAUCACCGACAGCACAACUUGGACAUCACUGACAACACAACUUGGACAUCACUGACAACACAACUUGGACAUCACUGACAACACAACUUGGACAUCACUGACAACACAACUUGGACAUCACUGACAACACAACUUGGACAUCACCGACACCUUGGACACCUUGGACAUCACUGACAACACAACUUGGACAUCACUGACAACACAACUUGGACAUCACUGACAACACAACUUGGACAUCACUGACAACACAACUUGGACAUCACUGACAACACAACUUGGACAUCACUGACAACACAACUUGGAUAUCACCGACAACACAAAUUGGACAUCACUGACACCUUGGACAUCACUGACAACACAACUUGGAAAUCACUGACAACACAAAUUGGAUAUCACUGACACCUAGGACAUCACUGACAACACAACUUGGAUAUCACCGACAACACAACUUGGAUAUCACCGACAACACAAAUUGGACAUCACUGACACCUUGGACAUCACUGACAACACAACUUGGACAUCACUGACAACACAACUUGGAUAUCACCGACAACACAAAUUGGACAUCACUGACACCUUGGACAUCACUGACUACACAACUUGGAAAUCACUGACAACACAAAUUGGACAUCACUGACACCUUGGACAUCACUGACACCUAGGACAUCACUGACACCUAGGACAUCACUGACACCUUGGACAUCACUGACACCUAGGACAUCACUGACACCUAGGACAUCACUGACACCUAGGACAUCACUGACACCUUUGGCAUCACUGACACCUUCGACUCCCCGGUGGGCGGAACUGAGUUAAUAUGCUACCUUGUGUCGCUAACACGCGCUGGAUGCCAUUGGGGCAACCAAUGAAGAUACUGGGAGUUAUCGUCAUCUACAUGUGCCUUGCCUACGGUGCCUUUUUGUACAAAAAAUUCAGUUGGAGACCAUAUAUUGUUGCCAUGGAUACCAGACAAGCCAGAAUCAUGGAUAGUCAAGUCCAGAACGAAAACAAAUCAUCAACGGUUCCAAAAUCAGCAACCACUAUGAUUCCCGGCGGUAAGACACAAUCAGCAGUCAGUCACUCACACACGUCAAUAGCAGCAAGUAACGGAAUGAAACACGGGGUUAAACCAGGGGAGAAAACAUGGAAAGAGAUGCCAAUUCUCACGCCUCAGUUUAUUGGUCGCCUUGGCAACGCUAUGUUUGAAUACGCCUCCACGUACGCCCUCGCGAGAGCGACGAAUAAGUCUCUGUACAUUGCCAGGAGCCACGCCCUCAACCGCCUGUUUCCCCUGGACUCGGAGACCGUGACGUUUCAGGGGUGUGGCGGGUGGCAGCCGGUCUCCGCCCCCUGCUGUCUCUACGACCCACAGCUGGCGGCAAGGCUCGACAGCAGGACUUGUCAAAGUGUCGGCGGCUUCCUCCAGUCGUGGAAGUUUUUUCACCCUGUCGAGGAGAGCAUACGAAGACAGUUCACCUUCAAAACUUCCAUUGCUGACAAGGCUGCUAAGAAAUUGUUCUCUGUGAGACUCGAGUUCUUUACAAGGAUGAAGGAUGCUUCACGGAUGACCACAAAACUGUCAAACGCUACAGAAGACUUGAAACAAGAUGGACACAGGAUUUUAAAUGUGUCGACCACUCCGCCCGUGAACCUGACCUAUAUUGGGGUGCAUGUGAGACGAGGGGACUAUAUAGCGUCACUCAGUAAACGCCAGGGACGUACCACUCCACCAGCGGAGUACUACAUCCAUGCGAUGAACUAUUUCCGAGCUAUAUACCCCAAUGCUUUGUUCGUUGUUGGGGGAGAUGACGGAAGUUGGGUGAAUCGUAAUAUCGCCGCCGUUGAUGUCGUUGUGCUGCAGAGGGAGUUGCCGGAAGUGGACCUUUGUGUUUUGAGCAUGUGCAAUCAUACUAUCAUGAGUGUCGGGAGUUUUGGUUGGUGGGCAGGUUUCCUGGCAGGGGGGACAACUGUGUAUUAUGACCGUCCGUUCAGAAACAACACGUCUAUGUCCAAAUGGUAUGCUAAAUAUAAUUCCGAAUUUGCGUACCCGGGAUGGAUAGCUAUGAUUUGAAGUGAUGGUUUGUGACUGAUAGAAGGCAGCCCUUGUUUCUCCUUUCUCUCAGGACAAGACAUCUUUGUGGCGCUUCUCGAUAACUGAAGACUCAUGAAGAUCCGGGAUAGAAUAGGUCAGCGACUAUGCUUGUCUUAAGAGGCGACUAACGGGAUCGGGUGGUCAGGCUCGCUGACUUGGUUCAUGCAUGUCAUUAUAUCCCAGUUGCGUGUAUCGAUGUUCAUGAUAUCAAUCACUGGAUUGUCUGGUCUUGACUCAAAUUAUUUAUAAUCGUCAUAUUCUGUCAUAUAGCUGAAAUAUUGCUGAGUGCGGCGUUAAACAACAACAAAAAACACACGCACACACGCGCACACACACGCACACACACACGCGAUAAUUGAGAACAGAAGUCACAGGAGUAUUGCCCAGUGCCCAACCACACGUGUGCCUUAGCCCUACAAAUGCAAUUCCUGAAGACCUUUCGUGCAAUAGUUGAACACCUGUGUAAUCCCCGAGACAAGGGUUAUGCUCAACAUAACGCCUGUAUCCAAGUUGGUGAAGUUCGAGGACACUUGUCUACUGAAACAUUCAGUGCAAUAGUUGAACACCUUUGUAAUCCCCGAGACAAGGGUAAUGGUCAACAAAACGCCUGUAUCCAAGUUGGUGAAGUUCGAGGACACAUGUCUACUGAAACAUUCAGUGCAAUAGUUGAACACCUGUGUAGUGUUCAAGAGAUGCAAACCUAAAGACCAAGUUGAAGGCGUAUUUCCAAUGGAAGUGUGGUUCUCUAAGAUAAUAAUGAGUGAGUGAGUUGGGUUUUACGCCGCUUGGUCCUGCAGUAUUGGACGUGUGGGCAAAUGUUGAACAAACGUGCAUUGACUAUUUGGUGCAAAUGUUGAACAAACGCGCAUUGACUAUUUGGUGCAAAUGUUGAACAAUCAGGCAUUGACUAUUUUGUACAAAUGUUGAACAAUCAGGCAUUGACUAUUUUGUGCAAAUGUUGAACAAACGUGCAUUGACCAGUUGGUGCAAGUGUUGAACAAACAUGCAUUGGUCUAUUUUGUGCAAAUGUUGAACUAACGUGCAUUGACCAGUUGGUGCAAGUGUUGAACUAACAUGCAUUGACCAGAUGGUGCAAAAGUUGAACAAACGUGCAUUGACCAGUUGGUGCAAGUGUUGAACUAACAUGCAUUGACCAGUUGGUGCAAGUGUUGAACAAACAUGCACUGACCAGUUGGUGCAAGUGUUGAACUAACAUGCAUUGACUAUUUUGGCGCUAAUGCUGAACUAACAUGCAUUGACUGUUUUGUGCAAAUUUUGAAAAAACAUGCAUUGACUAUUUUGUGCAAAUGUUGAACAAUCAGGCAUUGACUUUUUUGUACGACCGUUGUUAUACUUCUCAAACGAGGCUUCUACAGUGGCAUGCAGUUACCUCCCUUGUUGUUUUCUUCGUGACUCAUGUGGAUUAUGGCUGUGUUUGAUUGAACGACUAAAAGAUAUGUUGCGACAAA